UCUUUCAUCGACCACGUCCUACGUACGCUCCUGGCUUCUAUGCUAGGUGCUAGCUAACUCAGCAGCUACUUUCUGCAGCUCUGCUCACCGGACACUAACUAACUAACUAACUAACUAACUAGAUAAUACCAGACAACUUAUUUAGAAAAACGUGAACAUUUUGCGGAGCAUCUAAAGUGUCCGAGUCGGGCCGUCGCCAUGGCUCUGCAAGGCCCGGAGGAGCUGGGGGAGCAGGUCGAAGAGUCCGAGGACCUGGACGACCAGGACGCUAGUAGCAUCUCCCCGGCCGAGGAGAUAACGCUGCCUCCCGGGCCUGGAGGCGACGAGGACCCGGAGGAGGCUCUCCUGCUGCCCUGGGACCGCUUCUCCACCUGGCUGCACUGCAUCUGUGUGGUCGGCUUCGACCUGGAGCUGGGGCAGGCUGUGGAGGUUAUUUACCCGCACCAUUCCAAACUGUCAGAGAAAGAGAAAACAAGCAUCUGCUACCUUUCCUUUCCUGACUCCAACUCGGGUUGCCUUGGCGACACCCAAUUCUGCUUUCGGUUUCGUCAGGGCUCCAGCAGGAAGUCGUCGCUCGGCUGCUUCCUGGAAACCACCAACCGGGACGCACCACCAUGUCUCAAGAGGGAACAGGGACAUUACUAUGGUUACGUGUACUUCCGUCAGGUGCGAGACAAAUCCCUGAAGAGAGGAUACUUCCAGAAGUCUCUGGUCCUGAUCAGUAAGAUGCCCUAUGUGACCUUCUUCCACUCCCUGUUGAAGAUCAUGGCUCCAGAAUACUUUGAGAAACAGGAGCCCUGUCUGGAGGCUGCUUGUAACGACAUAGACCGGUGGCCAACUCCCCAUCCUGGACGAAUUCUCACACUUCCCAUUAUGGGCGUGGUAAUCAAGGUUCGCAUCCCAACCUCUUACGACAAACCAGGAACCUCACAGCUGGUCCAGUCCACCCAGAGUGACAGUCAGGUGUCCAUCGUGCUCCCAACCAUCCACGAAGUCGACCUCUUCAGGUGUUUUUAUCCAGUCUUCUUCCACAUCCAGAUGUUGUGGGAGUUGGUGUUGCUAGGGGAGGCACUCGUCGUCAUGGCACCGUCGCCAGCGGAGUCGUCGGAUACCGUGCUGGCGUUGGUCAGCUGUAUCUCUCCUCUGCGUUACUGCAGUGACUUCCGGCCGUACUUCACCAUCCACGACAGCGAGUUUAAGGAGUACACCACCAGGACGCAGGCUCCGCCAUCAGUCAUUCUGGGAGUGACCAAUCCCUUCUUUGCUAAAACCCUGCAGCACUGGCCGCACAUCAUCCGCAUUGGAGACAUGAAGCAAGCAGGAGAGAUGGCCAAGCAGAUGAAAGUCAAGAAACUGAAAAACCUCAAAACUCUGGACUCUAAACCUGGUGUGUAUACUGCAUAUAAGCCGUAUCUCAACAAAGAUGAAGAAAUCAUUAAACAGCUCCAGAAGGGUGUUCAACAGAAGAGACCCUCAGCAGCCCAGAAUGCAAUUCUUCGACGCUACUUCUUAGAACUGACUCAGAGCUUUAUCAUUCCUUUGGAGCGGUACGUGGCUAGUUUGAUGCCUCUCCAGAAGUCCAUCAGUCCGUGGAAGAGUCCUCCUCAACUGAGACCAUUCAUCCAGCAGGACUUCAUGAAGACGCUGGAGAAAGCAGGACCUCAGCUCACAUCCAGACUGAAAGGAGACUGGAUAGGACUCUACAGGCAUUUCCUCAAAUCUCCCAACUUUGACGGCUGGUUCCGCAACAGGAGGAGAGAGAUGACCCACAAACUGGAGGCUCUGCACCUUGAGGCACUGUGUGAGGAGGAUCUGCAGCAGAGAGUCCAGAUGCACUCGGAGGUAGAGACAGUAGAUCUGGUCCUGAAGCUGAAAGAUAAACUGAGUGAGGCGGAGAGGGAGCAGCUCCCGGUGCGUCUGGGGACUCUGUCCAAACUGAGGGCCCACAUUGAGGCUGUUAUUCUGGCCCUACCGGAGGACCUGCAGGGCAUCCUCCACAAGCCCUCCACACCCUGACCUUUAAGCCUUCGGCCUGCAACCAUAACCCCAGUUUGAGCUUGUUUUAAAGUUUUGGGGGGGUAGUGGGUCUCCUCCCUUGUUUACUCAGACCUGGCCGCAGUUUGAGGACCUCUUCUUCUGGUCUAACGUGGAAAGCACACAGAAUAUUUUUUGUUUCCCAAAAAUAUACAUCCAACUUUAGUUGUUUGAAGGUUUUUUUUCUCCCCAAAUCGCUACUCUCCAGUGGGAGUAUGAUGUUCAAACGGAUCAGGCUGCAGCUGCCCGACAGCUUUCAGGAGGUGAGACAGCACACAAAAUGUUUGAGGUUUUCCAUCACGGAGACAUACUAAGUAAAGAAAAGGAGCGCUCAUGUGAAAUGUGGAUUUGUCGUCACUUUAAAAAGUAAGAGCAGGAAGAUUAAGCCAGCUGACGUUUGACCCUAAAGCAUUUUUACCUUUUUGGACGAUUUUAAUGUUUACUUUUUUAACUAAUGAUGGACUGCUGCAAUGCGAUGGAACUGACUUUGGAGUUUUUCAUCCAAUUCUUUUUAAAAAUGUCUGUAAGUAAAAAAAAAGAAAAAGUGCACUUGAUUGCAAACUGGACCAGUGAGCCCUACAGACACACACAGAGAGACACACACACAGACAUACACACACAGAA